AUGUCGGACAACAAAGAUCUCGAGUCCACGGCGGUGCAGCGCGACAACAUGUCCGAGGAGCACGAUGCCGUCUACGAGGAGAAGGCUGGCGUGGCCGACUACAAGGCCGAUGCCAUUGAGGCCGAGAAUGCGGAGCAUAACAUGACGGUCAUCGAGGCCGUCAAGGAGUACCCCAUGGCCUCCUUAUGGGCGUUUGUCUUCUCUUGCACGAUUAUCAUGGAGUCGUACUGUGUCUUCCUGAUUGGAUCUUUCAUGGCUCUGCCCGCCUUCUACAACCGCUUCGGCAUCAACUGCGACGCCAAUGGUGAACACUGUACCGUCGCGGCCAAGUGGCAGUCUUCGCUCCAGGUGUCUGGCCAGCUCGGUGCUCUCAUUGGCGUUAUGAUCGCCGGUCCGAUCACCAGCAAGAUCGGCUACCGAUGGGCCUUCAUCGGCGGCCUCAUGCUGCUGAACGUCUUCAUCUUCGCCUUCUACUUUGCGGAGUCCAUGCCGGUCAUCUUCGCCUCUCAGAUUCUCGAGGGCAUUCCGUGGGGUAUCUUCAUUGCCAACGCCCCGGCCUACUGCAGUGAGAUUGUGCCGAUCCAGCUGCGAGCACCCGCGACGCAGAUGCUGCAGAUGUUCUGGGCCAUUGGCAGCAUCAUCGUCGGCGCCGUCACAUAUGUGUACAGCGACACUCCCGGAAAGGAGGCCUACAAGAUCCCCAUCGCCCUCCAGUGGAUGUUCCCCACCCCCCUGGCCAUUCUCAUCUUCAUCGCACCCGAGAGUCCCUGGUGGCUUGUGCGCAAGGGCAAGUUCGACAAAGCCGCCAAGUCCGUCGAGCGUCUCGGACGCAAGUCGAAGACCAACACGACCGAGACUGUUGCUAUGAUGCGCCGUGUCAUCGAGAUGGAGAAGUCGUCCCACCGUCCCAGCCAUCUCGAACUGUUCAAGGGCACCGACCUCCGCCGCACGCUCAUCGUCUGUGGUGUCUACGCUGCGCAGAAUUUGACUGGCAACCUUAUUGCAAACCAGGCCGUCUACUUCUUCAAGCAGGCUGGUAUCGAAACCGAACUCGCCUUCGGUCUGGGUCUCAUCACGUCCGCUCUCCAGAUGAUCUUUGUCAUGCUCUCCUGGAUCCUGACCACGUACUUCGGUCGACGUCCGAUCUACCUCUGGGGUUCGGCAGCCAACACCAUCCUUCUGAUCGCUCUCGGUGUCGCCGGCUCGGUCCCCAACACCACUUCGGCGAAGCUGGCGCAGGCGUCCCUCGGUCUCAUCGUCUCCGUCCUCUUCACGCUGGGUCCGGCGCCCGCCUCGUGGGUCAUCAUUGGUGAAACGUCGGCCAUUCGUCUCAGGCCGCUCACCACCGGUGCUGGUCGUGCGGCGUACUACAUUGUCGAGUUCCCUUGCAUCUUCCUCGCCUCCUACAUGCUCAACCCCGACCAAGCCAACCUGCGCGGCAAGUGCGGCUACGUCUGGGGCGCCACCGGCUUCCUCUGCCUGGUCACGGCCUACUACCAGCUGCCGGAGAUGAAGAACCGGUCGUACCGUGAGAUCGACAUUCUCUUCAAGCGCAAGGUGCCGGCCCGCAAGUGGACCAAGACGGAGGUCGACAUCAACGAUGACGAGUAG